AGGUAACUAGGAAUUAAUUUCGUGAAUCAUUGUGUCAUCAACACGAGUUUACCUCAAGUUCAUUUGACAGAUGCGGCUUAGCGGCAAUCCGUAGGCAAACGUCAAUCGUCGAGUCAGUAUCCGAUCGACUCGGAGGCGUCUAAAAUAUGGGUGCAAGGAGCGUGGUCAACAUUCGUAGGGUUUAAAAGAAAUGCGGUCAAACACUACGGCACCCUAGUAACAUCCUGAACAUCUCUUCCAAAUCGCAAUGUACUCGGAUACAGGAAACAACCAUAAAAACAUCGUUCUCUUUGGGCAGGGAGGAGCAGGCAAAAGCUCGCUUGUCAAUCUCAUUGCGGGAAAGAACGUAGCAAAGACAUCCAUUGACCUAAAGCGCUGCACGCUGAAGUGGGAAGAAUAUGCUGUCAAAUUCGAUGGCGGCUCUUACAACAUAUUCGAUACUGUUGGACUCGAGGAACCGCAGCUGGGAAUCCCAGAAUACCUCAAUGCUGUCGAGAAUGCCUAUAAUCUCAUCCAGAAUUUGGAGAGACAAGGUGGCGUUGAUCUACUCGUGUUCUGCAUGCGCGCAGGCCGACUCACUGCUACGCUUCAAAGCAAUUACCGGCUCUUUCACGAAUUCCUCUGUGAAAAGAAGGUCCCCAUCGUUAUGGUGAUCACAUACCUCGAAAACGAAGUCGGAGAAAUGGAUAACUGGUGGAAGAGAAACAAAGAUACUUUCCGUCACCAGGAGUUCUAUGUCAAUGGACAUGCGUGCAUCACCGCCAUUCGAGGCAAUUGUCCAGAACGGUAUGAGCAAUCGCGCACCACGAUCCGCAAACUUGUUAAGGAGUUCACUGCUGACGGGCAGAAGCGACUAUGGGAAGGAGGAGACAACCUGUUCGUGUCGUUGAUGCGAAAGUUGAGGGGGCUAGUUUCAGGGAAAUCGCGUUCGAAAAAGGAUAAUAUUGUCCCUCGCCUCACCAAGAGGUGCGGUUUGACUCCGGACGUCGCAAAGCAGUUGGCCGAUAGGAUUAAGAAAGACGCGGUAGAAGGACCUAGUUGACUCGACUUCCCGUGCUCGAUAGCUUGUGCUCAUUAAUGCCGGUUGUAGACUAAUACGUCAUCAUUUCUUACAAGC